CUUUAACAUUAUAACAAUAGGCUAUUGUCUUGUUCUCACAUCGGACGGGCAUUCCUUAGCGUCACGUUACGCGUAUUGUUAAGUGUAAGCGGAUCUACAUAGAAAUUGUUAUAUUUUAUAACUUUAUUAAUUCAUAUAAUUAAAUUCAAAAUAUGUCGCUAUUAGAUUCACCGCAUUUUAAAAUUUUGGUAGAUCUUAUUCCCAAAUAUGACGGAACUAAGAAAUUACUUAAUUUUUAUAUUAGAGAGGUAGAAAAUGUUCUCGAACAAAUAGAAGUCGCGGGGAGGAACCAUCCCACAUUGCUUAGCGUAAUAAAAAGUAAGUUGAGCGGUGCGGCUGUAGAGGCAAUCGCUUAUGAGACUAACUUAGAUACGUGGAACAAUAUAAAGACAGCUCUUAUUCGUCGCUUGGGCGAACCUCGCAACGAAAUUCAAGUAAUGCAGGAGCUUACGAGGUCGCGUAAAUUUAAAAAUGAGAACGCCGAGUCCUUUGGCAAACGACUUCGUGAGUUACUGGACACCCUGUUAUCUAUAGGAAACCAUGCUAAUAAAGGUUAUUACGAGGAAAUGGUAAUUGAACAGUAUGUUAAUAAUCUAGAUUUCCAUGUUUCAUUAGGCGUUAGAAUAGCGAAACCAGAUACACUAGAAAUGGCGAUAGUGGCAGCUAGACAGGAAGAAGCGCGACUUGCUCUUAACAAGCCGGGCCCUUCGACAUUCUAUAACGUCUACAGGACGAAAGCGAUGUCGAGCCAAAUUCUUGUCAGGAGGAAGCCGAAUACAACCCGGAUUUUCACGAAGCUCAGGGAGAGGAAGAUCGGAGGUAGUGAAAAUCAACGUCCAAAAUACCGACCAUCUACCGUACAUAGAGCUGCCGGAGUUUCAAGGAUCCUCAUCGCAGGAGCAAUCAUGCUCUGUUCAAGAGGUGACGUAAUCCUUAAUCCUGUUAACAACAAUCCUGGAAUCCUUUUGCUUAAACAAGGGCGGUGA